AUGUCCCGUCUGCCGGCGCGAUCGCAUGCACCGCCAUCCGCCGUCCUAUUGGUCGACGAUGCGCACGCAGCACUACCACAACCGAGGACCUACCGCCGCGCGCACCCAGACCGCCCCCUUCAAAUGCGCCGCAUCGGUCGUUCCCCCAUAAGCAGCCCCACAGGCAUCAAGGCCCGGUCAGCACGUUCACCGUUCAACCUAUCGCGCAGCGCCAUUCACUUGCGGGCGAGCGAAGGUCAGGGCGCGGCAAUACGAGGCGACGUCAGGUCGUCCCAUGGUCACGCCAUCUCCGCGCCCGCACCAGCAGUGUUCGAGUACCACGGCCCGGUCAGCGCAUGCUUCGUCGAUGUGUGCGCAGAUACUCUUGCGCUGCAAUCAUCGCGGCGGGCGGCGGUCAGCCGUCCUCCGCGGUAUCCCAGUGUGCGCCGCGCGACUGCUGCCAAUGAUCGACCUGCGUGUCCACGCUCGCCCGCGAAGCACGCCCACUUGUUACGGGCACCUCCCGCUACUAUCUGUCGUCGGCGGUCCUCCUUGAUAGUGACGACAAAUGGACGCCCGGCCAGAAGCAUGACACCCGUGUCGUCAGUCUCACACCCCCGGUUCAUCGAGCCCGCCAAAGCACCAGAACGCACAUGUCCGGGCAGCGGCGGCCUGAUGGACCGGACGGACCACGAUGCCUGUUAUGACGGCGUCACUUCUAGUCAACACCGCGUUGGGCAGUCACAGAGUGCCCGGCCGACUCACCUGAUUCCGCACAUCCUGGCCCUCCCCGCAGUCUGCCCGGCAAGCCUUGCGCACGCAAACAUGGUAAGGAGCUCACCGCCGUGCACUGGGCAACUAGGCGGCGCACUCGCGGCACAGGAUGUGUUCCGUAGAGAUCUAAUGACAAUGCAAUAUAUUUCUUGA